AUGGGAAAUGGAGUGUCUGGUGAGCCAGUGUAUCUAACUCGAUCAACAAUGCUCAUAAGUCACACACCAGUGACUCAUCAUCAACCACCAGCUGGAGCUAGUCAGUGCAAUUUCAGACGCCAGUCUACAAUUAUAGCAACUUCUGGACCUUCCGGAGCAACUGGCAGUGGAAUCUCUUCUCAAUUGACAUUUCCAAUUCAAUUGUACCCCAAUAAUGUGUACCAUAAUCAUGGAUACUCGGCGCAUGUUACCGGGUUUGAGCCCCAUCCAUCUCCUCCUUCAACUGCACACCAUCAUGUCAAUCUCAACACUGCUACAUCAUCAACCUCCAAUCACCCGAGUGCUCCAUCCGAAGAGACACCACCAUCCUAUUCCUCGAUUUACCCCAGUUUGGCUAAUCGAGUCAAUUAA